GCUAAUUGGUACUCCCUCGUAGCGUAAACAAAUUUAUCGACGAUAUAUCGAUUUCAUCAAUUCAAUUUUAUUGGCUAAGUACGUUGAUUCAAAGGUAUAUGUAGAAAAUAUCGUGAAGCACAUCUGUGCUUUGCUUUCAAGCUGGGAGCUUCUUGUACCUCAGUCGGUGACGGUCAGAACUUAAUUCCCCAAUUACCUGUAAAACAGCAUUUUGUGAAAUGGUAUAUUAAAAGAAUCGCUGUAGUUAUCUUUAAGGAACUGUUUCGUUCUAUAAUCAAAUUAUUGCAGUUAAAAUCAAGAUGGAUGACAAAGAUCAGAAAGUCAUCGUGAUUGUCAUGCAAAGUAUCUUCAGCUUGGUGGGAACCAUCGGAAACUCUCUUGUAUUAUACAUUUACCUGAGGAAAAAAGACAAGUCUACGUCCAGUAUAUUUAUUUUAGGUUUGGCUGGAGCCGACUUCUUUACCUGCUUAGUGAUAAUCCCAUUUAAUAUCGUCACCGUGUAUCUUGACUACAAACAUGGUUAUGAUGCUAUGUGCCAGUUGUAUAUGUUUUUGAUAACCGGUGGUGUACCAUUUGCAACUCUCAUUAUGGUGGCCAUAGCAUUUGAUAGAUACUUUUGCAUCUGCCAUCCGUUUCUUCAUGUAAUAACAAUUUUUCGAGCGAAAUUGAUCAUCUUCAUUCUUCUGAUUUUUGCUGGUACUCUCGGUGUUUUGGUAGCACUAAUGUAUGGAAUAAACGAUAUGAACGGGUUGGUACCCAGUUCCACAAAUAAUAAUAGUUCGUGUUCCUUUAAUACAUCUACCAUGAACAAAUCAGCUGAUUACAAUUCAACAAUAUAUGAAGUGAACGACUCUUUAGAUAAUGCAGAGGGCUUUUAUGACCCAUCGUAUGGAAUGUGUAUACCAAAAUAUGACAUCUUUAAUGAGGAUUUUGUGUUACUUUUUUCUAAGAUUCACGCUGUUUUGUAUCUACUUAUGUUUUUAUUUGUCGUAGUACUUUACUCUUUAAUAUAUCGUGAAAUACAUGUAAGACGAGCAAGAAAGGCUAAGAGGAAACGAUCAAGUCUUUAUCCGAGUCAGAGUUGUCAACCUGAGGCUUCUCUAGCGGAAACGGAAAUGACCUUGAUGCAUGUUCAACAAUCAGACGGAAAUGCCAAUAAUACAGUUAAAAAUGGUAGAUCACGAAAGAUUGGUGCAACGCUUAAAGAAAAGCAAUUUUUAGCCAAUAUUCGAACGGCAGCCAUGUUGUUUAUUGUCACAAUUGUUUUCUUAAUAGCAUUUUUACCCGCCUUGCUUAUGACACAGGAACUUAUUCCAUUCAACAUUGUUAUUUUCUACACUUAUUUUGUAUACAAUACAACAAAUCCAGUCAUAUAUUCUUUUAUGAACAAAUCAUUUAGAACGGAGCUGAAAAACCUGUAUGGAAAAAUGUGUAAGGGUAAUCGAAAAUACAACAGAUAAGAAGAUUGAGCCAACUAUACAUCUGUUGUACCAGACUGUGUGACUUGCAGAUUGACUUUACACAAAAAUUGGCAGAAAUUUCAAUAAUGUUACAUUUGUUAAUGUAUGUGCCUUGAUUUUGUAGACUGAAUAAAACAAAUGUUUUGAUUUUUGUUGAAGAGAAAUUUAU